UAGAACUCUAAAGUAAAUGCAAAUGCAACUACUAACAAACUCUACUUAGUCAUCAUUCUCCCCAUCUGAAACCCCUAUAUAAACUCAUCAUCGCCUCAUACUUUUCUCACACCAAACAGCAAAACACAAGCUUAUAAACAAAAGUCAUCAUCUAAAUCUCCUUAUAUUCUUAUCACCAAAAAAGAAUCAAAACACAAUGGCUUUCGCUCUUAGGUUCUUCACAUGCCUUGUUUUGACGGUGUUCGUUGUUGCAUCAGUAGAUGCAGCAAUCACAUGUGGCACAGUGGCAAGUAGCUUGGUUCCAUGUGCCACCUACCUGUCAAAAGGCGGGGCUGUGCCGCCUCCGUGCUGUGCGGCGGUCAAAAAAUUGAAUGGUAUGGCUCAAACCACACCGGACCGUCAAGCAGCAUGCAAAUGCCUAAAGGCCGCUGCAAAGAGCAUCAACCCAAGCCUAGCCUCUGGCCUUCCUGGAAAGUGCGGUGUUAGCAUCCCCUACCCCAUCUCCAUGAACACCAACUGCGACACCGUCAAGUGAAGUGGGAACUUAAUUAUAUCAGCAUCAGCAUGUUUAUGGAGGGUAUGGUUUAGUCUAUAAGUAAAAUAAAAAAACGUCUCUGUACGCUCCUUUGCCCUUGUCUUAUGGCUUUGUGAUCUUUUACUUUCAUGAUCUGUUGUAUUUUAGUAUGUUGAAGAUAUGAUUAUGUUACCUCGAUCCUAGUUUAUUACAUAUUUUCUCCAGUGCCUUCGUACGCAAUAAUCAUAUCGUGAAAAGUUAAAAACCCAAUAAUGACGGAGGAUUAAUAUAUGGAGUAUUAUGUUAUUUGAUAUUAUUUUGGAGUGAAAAUAUAAAUUGAAAUAAUAAGUUGAAAUGGUGAAAACUAUACUAGUUUAACGAAUAACGAUCACCAAUAUAAAUAAUUAACAACAAGUAACAAUAUAGAAUUGAAUAUAAAUAUAAAUUAUAUGAUCACCAUCAAGGCAUCAAGAUCUACAGUGCUAAUUACCUAACAAAAGGUGGGGUGAUUUCUCUGUCGUGCUGCACAAGCUUGAAAAGUUUGAACAGUGCGAUUAGAACCACACUUGACCGCCAACAAGCAUGUCCAUGCAUACAGCAUGCAGCAUACAGACGAUUGCAAAGAGCUUUGAUGGCUUCUAAGUUAUAACAAAGCUUUGCCUUUAGUCUUCCUGGAAAGUGUGGUGUUAUCAUUCCUUAUCCCAUCGCUUUUGAGCACCAUUUGCAACAGGUUAGAAACUUCGUUUUUUUCUUCGGCAACAAGCAUAAUUUAGCCCUGUUCUUCUGCUCUUCGCUGCGUCUGCGUCUGGAACAGAAUAAAACGACGAUUACUGUAGCAAUUAACAAACUAAACGACUUCGUCGGAGGCGCUGAUGGAGAGAAAAGUAACCGCAGCAGUGGUCGCGUCAACUUAAAACUACCGCCUGAAAAAUUUAGCAUUUCACAAACAAUACCUGCGGGCAUCUUUAACGACAGCAGCGUUCAUUUUCAGCGCAUCAAGUGAAAUUAGAGCUUAUAGCCUUCUAUGUACCAGUUGUACGCUUGUCUCACCAUGCCCUUUUCCUGUGC